UGCGUACCUACAUUGUUUUAGGUUUUGUUUGUUUCCUUAAGUCCUCAUCCACAAUGCAUCUUUGCCAGCGAUGCGUCAGUGUGCUGAGAUUAUCCUCAAUUCUCCACAACUUUGCCUACGUUCAGAAUAUGCCUGCAAUUUCUCAACGUUUAUACAGCAGAAUUCCAGCACUUUCCCGGCCAAAUGUACACCUGGAACUAAAGCGCUCUUCACAAAGGAAUAUGGAGAGACGGAGAUGUGGUCUCAUGCGCUAUUUUUGUGAUCUGCGUGCUUCAUUGUCGCAUGGCGAGCCCAAGAGAUGUGUCCCAAACCAGACAGAACGUGAAGAAAGUAGCCCAAUUCCCUAUGAAAACCCUGACUUGCAUCAUGCAGGCAAAACAUCAGCGCCUCUUUUCGACGAUCAGACAGUUAUUGAUUUGGAUGCAGCCCCUCGUCGUGCCCCGUUUGAGGAGAUUAGUGACGAAGAGGCAAUACAGAUCAGCGUUCCCAGUCUCCUUCCUCCGUCCUCAGUUACCCUCAGAGACUACGUUGACAAAUCAGAGACGCUCAGCAAACUUGUGCAGCUAGGUGUCAAUCUCUGGAAACUUGAGCAGAGGCCCAAUGUUGGGUCGAUGCUUGUAAGACUAGACUUCCAGGCAGAUGUGGCACCCAGGCUGCUCUUUCUGAAAGACUUGGGACUGGAGGACACACAGCUGGGCCCAGUGCUCACCAAAAAUCCCUUUAUUCUGUCAGAAGAUCUGGAGAACCUGGAGGCCAGAGUGUCGUAUUUGAAGUCAAAAAAGUUCAGCGCGGAGACGGUGGCGUCCAUGGUGUACAAAGCUCCAUAUCUGCUCAACUUCAGCGUCAAGAGGUUAGAGAACCGCCUCCAGUUCUUUCAGCAGCGGCUGGGUCUUAGUUCUCAGAAGACACGAGAUGUUUUGAGUCGUCUACCCCGUCUUUUGUGUGGAAGUUUGGAGCCAGUGAAGGAGAACUUAAAGGUGUGUGAACUAGAGUUUGGUUUUCAAGAAAAUGAAAUUCAGCACAUGAUCACCAAAGUUCCAAAAGUACUGACCGCCAGUAAGAGGAAACUGACCCAGAUAUUUGACUUUGUCCAUAAUACCAUGGGUGUGCCUCACACUCUUAUUGCAAAGUUCCCACAGAUUCUCAAUACAAAGUUUCUGCGCAUCAGAGAGAGACACAUGUUCCUGGAGUACCUAGGCAAGGCUCAGUAUGAUCCAUCCCAGCCGAACUACAUCUCCCUAGAUCGCCUGGCCAGCUUGCCCGAUGAGGCUUUCUGUACUGAGGUUGCCUCGGCCACACUGGAAGAUUUUGAACGAUUUCAGAAAACAAUGUAAUUUAAAUGUAAUAUGUUAGGGAGACACUCAUAUGUUUAUAUUACAACAAGGCAUGCA